AUGGGUCUCUCGAACGACGAACGGGGCUGGAUAAUGACCGUCUUAAGUGGCAUUGCUUGCGUACUGGGAGCCUCCAUCAUAUGCGUCGACAUCAUUGUCCGCCAAUUUCCAGGCAAGCGAGAUUUCAAGAUCCAGGAUAGUGAUACUUUCCUCUCUGCCUCACUUAGUCUAAGUUUUGGCGUUAUGAUGUUUUCGGCUUUGUAUAGUAUGCUUCCCAACGCCAAGAAAUCUCUCCAAGAAGGCGGCUUCGCUCCCAAGGAAGCGACGUGGAUCAUGAUUGGGUGUUUUCUUGGGGGUGUGGUGGGUAUUACUAUCGUCUCACGAAUCAUUCAUCGGUUCAUUCCUUCCCAUGUUGUGGACUGUGAGCACUCUCACGAUGAUGAGGGUGACGAGACGGCGAAGGAACACAAUGAGGACACUGAUGGCCAUGUUCAUGAGAAUGGGGAUGCGACUGAGCACGAGCACCAGCAUAAAGAUCCGCCAGCACAACGAAGACCGCAGGCCUCCCAGCGCUUGAGUUCGCUGCCGGGACAUAUGCACUGGCGCAAUAGCAACUACCGCAACUCCCCAUCCGCAGGGAGAAGACAAUCGUCAUACUUUGGCAUCUUCAGACCUCAACAAUCAUCUCUUGAACCUCCAGCCGAAAUCCCGACCCUGGCCAAUGGACAAGCACAACCUCGACCACUGCUCGCCGAACAGCCUAGAAGACCAACACUACAGGAACGACUAACCAGCACAAUCACGCGUAUAACAUCUACCCCGGUCAGGGAAGCCUGCGGUUGCGACGGACCCUGCUACGGCUACAGCGAACCCUGCGGCCAAGAUUGUUUCAAGAAUGUCAGUGGAAGGGGUGGUUUUCGCGCUCCUGCAAGACUAGCUAGCGCGAGAAGCGUACGUCCUCUUCUUUCUGAGCGGGCGACUGUGCAGGGCGCGCUCCCCACUGCGGAUACGGAAAGGACGCCUUUAUUGCAGGAUAUUCGGGUGGAGCCGAGAAGAAGACCGCAGCCGCAUACCUGCGAUUCUGCAAGACAGGCCCAGCAGCUCGAGGAGAUAUUCGCCGGGAUCGAGGAUCUGGAGAGAGGAAACUCGAACGAUAGUAGUAGAUCGACCCCCAAGACCAACGGUACACCCAACGGCCCCCCCAACCCCCGGAACCCUAGCAAUGGCUCACAUCACGAUCCAAGCGACCACCAAGACCACGACUCCGGCGAUCCCGAAAAUGAAGACGAGGACACGAAACCAGACCACCACCACCACCACGUCCCCCAAAACGCCUUCCUAUCGCUCGGCCUCCAGACAUCCAUCGCCAUCGCCCUGCACAAACUCCCCGAGGGCUUCAUAACCUACGCCACGAACCACGCCAACCCAACUCUCGGCCUCUCCGUCUUCCUCGCCCUGUUCAUCCACAACAUCACCGAGGGUUUCGCCCUCGCCCUCCCGCUCUACCUCGCAUUAAAUAACCGCUUGAAAGCCAUGCUCGUGGCUUUCGUCCUAGGCGGUUUAUCUCAGCCACUAGGGGCCGGAGUCGCGGCGCUGUGGUUCUGGGGCGCGGGGGAUGGGAAGUGGGAGCCUAGGGAGGGGGUGUAUGGCGGGAUGUUUGCUGUUACGAGUGGGAUUUUGGCGGUGGUGGGGUUGCAGCUUUUUGGGGAGGCGGUGGGGUUGAGUCAUCGGAGGGGGUUGUGUUUGGGGGCUGCGGUUGUUGGGAUGGGGGUUAUGGGGGUUAGUAGUGCUUUGACUGCUUGA